GCUCUUCCCUCCGAGGCUUUCCUCUGUCCCUGCCACAGAUUUGCAAGGUACGGUAAGAAGCGCAGCGGGACCUCUAUCUCCAUCCGCUCCACCGCAGCCCCUCACCGCGGAUCUCCCCACCCAAAAGCGGGCGAGCUCAGAGCUUCACCACCUCCCUCCAUAGCAGCCAGUCCCCACUCACACAACCCCACCGGGCCCCGGAAAAGAGAGCCCCGAGGAGCGUAACUAUAGCAACGCUGGGAAAGGGCGGCCCAGACGUCCUCUUCGACCUCUCUCUGGCCCGCUCUUUUAUCAAUUACACACGGUGGGCGGACACAAGGCGAGGGCCGCGGAGAUUCAACCAAUCAGGAGGGAGCACCAGUUUUCAAUAGUAGAAAGCCAGCGGGCGGGACUUCUACGAGUUUGAAUACAACUUUGGCGGUUCAAAAUGGCGGCGGAGGGCUGCGAAGACGCGAAGCCGGCAGACACUCAAGAGGAGGCUGGAGCGGUUGACGCGCUUUCUUCCUUGACAACUCGGGAGGAGCCCGGCCGAGAGCAGCUAUUCAACCUCGUUGUUAAUACUUUCUUAGAAAAGAUGGAGGAAGCUGGCAGCUAUCAAGAGUUUGCAAGCUGCUAUAACCGUCUCUACAAAGUGCAGCCUGAGCUUACAAGACGUAUUUAUGAUCAGUAUAUUUACCAGCUGCAGACGUCCUUUCGGGAGGAGAUCAGUGACUUGAAGAAUGAAGGGAAUCUUGAGGUGCUUUUUAGAACGCUGGAUAAGCUUGUGGAGGAAGCAAAGCAGAGAGAAACACCUGCAUGGCGCCCCAGUGGAAUCCCAGAGCAAGAUGUUCGCAGUGCCGUAGUGCCAUACCUUCUGAAACAGCGCAGGAUCCUCCAAAAAACCCUGAAAGAGAAAGAAGAGGGGAAUGCCGAACUGGCCGAAGUGGUGCUGGCUGGCCGGAAGAAAAUAGCAGAUCUGCAGAAGGAGAUCCAGAAACACAAGGAAGAGUGGCAAGUGAUCGCUCAAGAAAGCCGAGAAAUGGCGAAUGCCCUUGAUGAACAUCGCUGAACCUUAUCUUUGUAUACAUUUUCUUACAGUUAGGCUUCUUAAUAUUUAAGAAAUGCUUGCUAGAAACCAGAAAAGUAACUCCUUCAGAAUGUUUUAUCAAAACAUUAAAAAGUGUACAUUUCUUGAUGAAA